AUGGAUAUAAUUGUUAAUAGUGAUAGUAAUAAUAAAAACAACAAUAAUAAUAAUUACAAUAGUACAUCAACAUCUGAUAUGGAUAUUCCAUCUUCACCAACAAUAACUAAUAAUAGUAGUGGUGAUGAUAUAAGUACAAGUAGUAGUGAAGAAAGUAAUAACAAUAUUAAUAUUAAUAAUAAUAAUAAUCAAAUAGAGCAACAAAAUGGAGAGUUCAUUGAACCACAAAUAAAACAACAGCAACAACAACAACCUAAUACAGAAAAUGAAGAAAAUGUAAAUGUAAAUAACAAUAAUAAAAAUGGUAAUUUAAUUGAUACAGAUGAUCUUUUAUUUAAUCAUAAUUCACCACAAAAAUCAAAUGACAAUCAAACAAAACUAUCAGUUGAUAACCAAAAUGAUUUAAAUAGUAUUUUUUCAAAUAAUAAUAAUAAUAAUAAUAAUGAUAAUAAUAAUAAUAAUAAUGAUAAUAAUAAUGAUAAUAAUAAUGAUGAUAAUAAUGAUGAUGAUGAUGAUGAGGAUGAGGAUGAUGAUGAUGACAAUACUCCCAACGCAAAUGGUAUUAAAGAUAAUACCAAUGAGGAUGAUAAAGAUAAAGUGGAAAUAGCAUCUUGUGAUAUAGAUGAUAAAAAAGAAGAACAAAAUGAAAAAGAACUUGAUAAAAUAAUUGUAAAUAAUGAUGAAAUUAAUAGUAGUAGUGGUAAUGAUAUUGUAAAAGUAACAAGAAGUAAUAGUAGUGGUGGUGGUAGUAGUGUAAAUAAUAAUGAAAAAAUAUAUCUUUUAAAACAUCCAUUAUCAGUGUCACCAAUAACAAGCCCAACAAUGGCACAUUCAAAUUCAAACCCAACUACAACAACAACAACAACCACAUCAACAUCUGCAAUUAAUAAUGGCUCACCAAAAUCAUCAUCAUUUGUAGCUCAACCAACAAUUGCAAUAUUACCUGAUUUUCAUUUGAAUGACGAAAAACCACCAUCAAAUACAAAUACAACAACUACAACUACAACUACAACAGCACCACCACCAUCAAUUUCUGCAACUAAUAGUAGCGCAAGUAUAAGUAACUCAAAUAGUAUUAAUAGUAGUGUCAAUAGUAGUGGAGGUGGUAGUUCAAUAACUCAAUCACCAAAUAUUAUCCUUGAUCAACCACAAACUUCUUCUUCUCCUUCUUCCUCAAAUAUUAAUAAUAAUAAUAGUAAUAACAAUAAUAAUAACGUACAAUCACCUAAUAUGAAUAAAACGACAGUGGCACCACAACCAACAAAUACAGGAGGAGGUGGAUUCUUCCAAAGAAUGUUUAGAAGAGAACAAAGUAAAACAUCAUUACCAUCACCAAAUAACGAUAGAAAGAAUUUAGAUAAUGCGCAAAAUACAACAACAAAUAAUAAUAAUACCACCACCAAUACCAUAAACAACAACAACAAUAAUAAUAAUAAUAAUAAUAAUAAUAAUAGCAAUAAUAAUGAAAUUAAUAAUAAUCCAAAUUCAAUUUUAAAUAAAAUUUCAAAUAUUUCACAAAGUUUACAAAAUUUACCAAAAUCAGCAAAUAAUUCAUCAACAAACUUAACUGGACAAUCACCAAAUCAAAAGGAGAGACAGCAACAACAGCAACAACAACAACAACAACAACAACAACAAGCAAUAGUUAGUAAUAAUGGUACAAUUGGUUUUGAUGUUUCAGAUAAUUUAAGUAAUUCAAGUAGUACAAUUAAUAAUUCAUUAAUGAGAAAGAGUAAAGGUGAUUUUAGUAGAUUAUUAAAGGAGAAUGAAAUUUACUCAUAUGAGCAUUUCCUAAGCAAAUUAGAGAAUACAUUACCAAUAAAAUCAUCAAUCGAUAGUUUUAUACGUACACUAAAGAAUAGAAAGGUGGCCAAUGACGAUUUGCGUGAGGCGUUAUUGGAUUUCGUUGAUAAUAUGCAAAAUACAUUAACAUUGGAUCCACAAUGGUCGCAAUCGUCAGAGGAGGAAUUAAACUAUUCAUCACAUCAUUUACAACAAUACGUUUUGGAGAAAAUCUAUGAUUAUGUAUUUCAACCAAGUGAAGAAGAGGCUAAGAAAGAUCAAGAUCUAUCAAUGCUCAUUGAUAAACUAUCAUUCAUAACAUUGGAGCAUAUGGAAAUACCAAUCUAUGGGUUCAGUGAAGCAAUGUGGUAUAAGGCUGGUAAAUAUUUAUUAAAAAUUAAUUUCACACAAUCUUGUAGACAUAAAGUUAUGUACAUUAUGAAAUGUUGUAAAACUAUUCUCAAACAUUUUUCAACUCAUUUAAAAGAAUUAUCUGGUGCUGAUUUCCUUUUACCAAAUUUAAUUUGGGUUUUAUUAAAAACUAAUCCACCAUUUUUACAUUCAAAUGUUAUAUUUAUAAGUAAAUUUUCAGAUUCAUCAGAUUCAGAAGCAAUUUAUUAUCUUACUCAAUUAAUAUCUGCAAUUUAUUUUAUUGAAAAUUUAAAACCAGAAUUAUUAAAAAUUGAUAAAAAAGAAUAUUAUAAAUUAAUGGGUACAUCUUCACCAAUAAUAUCAAGAUCACCUUCAUUACAAUCAUUAAAUAAUAAUAAUAAUAAUAAUAAUGGUAAUAAUAAUAAUAAUGGUAAUAAUACUACUACUACAACAACAACAACAACAAUAACAACCACAAAUAAUAAUAAUAAUAAUAAUAGUAUUGAAGCAUCACCAAGUAUAAAAGCAAAUAAUUUAACAUCUUGUUUAAUUGCAAAUGAUAAUGCAUUGGCAACAUUGGUUGAAAUGUUUCCAGAUUGUGAUACUCAAUAUUUAGUAGAAUGUAUAAAUUACAUUGAGUCAAGAUCACCAUCAACAAUCUCACAACAUGAUUUAGUAUUUAGAGUUACAAAUUUAAUAGCAGAGUUACAAGGUUAUUGGACACCUUCUCCAAAAACAAAAUCAAGCUCAACUCCAAAUUCAAAACUUCAUCAUCAUCAUCAACAACAACACCACCGUAAUAAUAAUAAUAAUAAUAAUAAUAAUAAUAAUAAUAAUAAUAAUAAUAAUAAUAAUAAUAAUAAUAAUAAUUCAACAAUUAAUGAAAGUAACUUUGUAAAUGAAAAUAAUGAAUUUGGUAGUAUUCAAGAAGAAGAGGAGGAGGAUGAAUUAAUUAAUAAUAAUGGUAGUGAUGAUUCAAAUGGUAGUGAAGUUGUUGAAAAUAUAAUUGAAUCAAUAAUGAAUGAAUCAAAUAAAUUAAUUGUAAAUAGUAAUAGUUAUAUUCAACCAAAACAACAACAACAAUCACAACCAAAACAACAACAACAGCCAAAUAAUCAACAAAUUGAAAUUCAAAAAUUACAAAAUUUAAUUGAUAAAAGAGAUGAUGAUAUCUCUAAAUUACAACAAAAACAAAAACAAGAUCAAACGGAAAUUUUCGAAUUGAAAAAGAACCUCCAGAUUAGAAAUAAAGAAAAUAGAUCUUUUAACAAUUUUGUAAAUUCAUUAAAACCAUCACCUGCAACUUAUCAUCAAACUAAAAUUGAUGAAUUAAAAGUAACUGAAGUACCAAUGUUACUACAAGAAUAUAAACAAAUUAUUAAUCAACUUAAAGCAACCCAAGAUGCUUUAAAAAAAUUACAACAACAACAACAACUAUAA